AUUUUGACAGUUGUUCAUCACUUUUUUUGUGUGUGUUGUCCUGACAAACUAUUGAAUUUGGUCAUUGAUAAUAUAUUUUUGGGGAAAAAAAUCGAUUAGAGGUGUUUCUCCGAUUAUUCUUGAUCAAAAAUUCAUUCAUUGAUUGUUUAGCAAAUGUUAUUGCAACAAUGAUCGGUGGACUUUUCAUCUAUAAUCAUAAAGGAGAAGUUCUUAUCUCACGAGUUUAUCGUGAUGAUAUUGGACGAAACGCUGUCGAUGCAUUCCGUGUGAAUGUUAUCCAUGCACGACAACAAGUACGAUCACCGGUAACAAAUUUGGCUAGAACUUCAUUUUUUCAUGUAAAACGAGGAAAUCUAUGGCUUGCAGCCGUCACUAAACAAAAUGUUACAGCAGCAAUGGUUUUUGAAUUUUUACUUAAAAUGUGCGAUGUUAUGCAAAGUUAUUUUGGAAAGAUAAAUGAAGAAAAUGUAAAGAAUAAUUUUGUUCUCAUCUAUGAAUUGUUGGAUGAAAUUUUGGAUUUUGGUUAUCCUCAAAAUACGGAUACAGGCAUAUUGAAAACGUUCAUCACGCAAACGGGCGUUAAAUCGGCUACUAAAGAAGAACAGGCACAGAUUACAUCACAAGUAACCGGACAAAUUGGUUGGCGUCGUGAAGGAAUCAAAUAUCGACGUAAUGAAUUAUUUUUAGACGUUUUGGAAUAUGUAAAUCUAUUAAUGUCAGCACAAGGUCAAGUAUUAUCGGCUCAUGUAGCCGGAAAAGUCAUAAUGAAAUCCUAUCUAUCUGGUAUGCCUGAAUGUAAAUUCGGUAUCAAUGAUAAGAUUACAAUGGAAAAUAAAAGUAAAUCCACUCAAUCGGCCAUAUUGGAUGAUUCGGCAGCACGUCCAAGUGGUUCAUCAAAAUCAUCAAUAGCAAUUGAUGAUUGUCAAUUUCAUCAAUGUGUAAAGCUAUCAAAAUUUGAAUCGGAACAUGCAAUCAGUUUUAUACCGCCGGAUGGUGAAUAUGAAUUAAUGCGUUAUCGUAUCACCAAAGACAUAUCGUUUCCAUUUCGAAUCAUACCAUUGGUUCGUGAAGUUGGCCGUACUAAAAUGGAAGUAAAAGUGGUUCUUAAAUCGAAUUUCAAACCAUCAUUGAUUGGACAGAAAAUUGAAGUAAAAAUUCCCACUCCAUUGAAUACAUCAGGUGUACAAUUGAUCUGUAUGAAAGGUAAAGCUAAAUAUAAAGCAAGCGAAAAUGCUAUUGUCUGGAGAAUCAAACGAAUGGCAGGUAUGAAAGAAACUCAGCUUAGUGCCGAAAUUGAAUUAUUAUUGACCGAUAAUAAAAAGAAAUGGAAUAGGCCACCGAUUUCGAUGAAUUUUGAGGUACCAUUUGCACCAUCCGGUUUGAAAGUCCGUUAUCUUAAAGUAUUUGAACCAAAAUUAAAUUAUAAUGAUCAUGAUGUUAUCAAAUGGGUACGAUAUAUUGGUCGUAGUGGCCUUUAUGAAACACGAUGUUGAAAUCAUCAUCAUAAUGUUGAAGAUUUCUACCAUAAUUUUUCUCUCAUUCCACUUCGAUUUCUUUUUUCCCUGCGUAGAAAUUUUUUAGCAAGCAAUAGAAAAAAUCAUA